AUAUUAUUGUAUAAUUUAUAAUAACAUAAUUGAAGUGUUAAAAAAUCGACUAGUUGUAGUAUUAGUUUUGAAUUUUCUUUGAUAUUUGUCUAGAUUUUUCACAAGUCACAACAAAAGUAAUUUCAUAAAAUUUGCACUCUGAUUGGUUAUACCAUUUUGAUUUUGGUUGAGAAGAACCUUUUAUGUAAUUAAGAGGAUUCUAUUUACAAUGGUUAAACCAAAACUAAUUAUGUGCGAUUUGAAGAACCAGUCACUCAGUACCAAGUACCAACCGGUUUAAUAAGUAUAUGUGGGAAUGGGCCUGCUGUACUCAGAAUUGUCGGACUUGAUCCAUGUAAUAUUUACCCUUUUGGGCUUUUAAUGAAAAGAGACGACAAGAGAGAGUAUAUGUGGGGGACAUUUGAGAGUAUCGGCUGAUUGCAGAACCGAACCGGUCGGUCUGGUCCGUAUUUGGAACAGAGAACUUAGAGCAUGUGCAUCAGUGAAACCCAUGAAAGGGGUUCACAAAGUAUUUUUUUAUUAUUUUUUUUUACUGUUUGAUUUUUGUUUUUAAAAAAAAAAAAAAUUUAAUUAAUCGGACCAAUCGCGGGCCGCCACGUAUCGUGGGACCCGCGCUACAGUGAUGAAUCAGGUUCACUGGAAAGAGCUUGGGAGAGACAGGUUCAUUACUAUUCAUUAUUAUAAUAUUUUUUUUUUUUGGAAAUCUGUGUGAACCCCCAUAAGUUCACUAAUGGGGGUGCUCUUAAAUGGUAUAUUUUACAUGGCUGAAACGGAAACACGUAUUUACGUGACAACUACAAUAUCCACGCGCCACAUUUUUGAAAAUUGAAAACCUUAAUCUUUGCCCAAAAAAAAACAAUUUAUAUCCAAUUUCUUUUCACUACUGUCCCACAAACACAUCAAUUCUAACUAAUGUAUCAGUUAUACAAAUCCUUCAAUUCUAGUGAAGUUCUAUAUAUCAAUUGAAUAAACCAUGUUCAGUUUUAGUGGAAUAAGAAGAGGAAAAUAUUAAGAGGGCCAUGAUGAUGAUCUUAUAAUAUAAAUGAAUUUUUAUAAAUGACCCCCAAAAUUAUAAAUAAUAUUGUAACUAUAUACAUAAAGCAUAGUAAUUUCUUUUGUCACUCAAACUUUCAAUAUUAUUGACAACUUAUUCUAUUAUUUUAUUUCAUUUUAUUUUGUUAGUGACCUCAUCUUAUAUUUCUUUUCAAAAGAAUUAUUUUAGCUGUAUCAGUUUAACUUUUAAAAUAAAACUUUUUAAAUAUUUCUGUGAUAGUAUUUAAUUUAAAUAUAUUAAUUUAUUUGCCCCCACUAAAAUUAUUUCCUAGAUCCACCACUAAGUGAAGUCCUAUAUAUCAAUUAAAUAAACCAUGUUUAGUUUUUAGCGGAAUAGUAAGAUGAGGGAAAUAUUAAGAGGGCCAUGAUCUUAUAACAUAAAUGAAAUUUUAUAAAUGACCCCCAAAAUUAUAAAUAAUGUUGUAACUAUUUAAGAGUAGAGGAAAUUUAUGGGAAGAAAAAAUGAUGGCAUUUAUAGGAAAAUCAAAUGAAUAUAGAUUUGGUGCAUGAAAAUGUCUCUUAAUAAACCAAAUGAGAACAUGCAUAGGAAAAUCAAAUGAAAAAGAUUUGAAGCAUAAAGGUAUAUCUCUUAAUAAAGAAAAUGAGGCAUGACCAAAAAAUAAAUUCACCAUUUCACUGGAUUUCUUUUCUAAACUCCACCUAUAUUUUCAUCUCCUACCACCUAUAUAUCCACAUGCUCUCAAAAGCAAAGAUAAACAUUAAAAAAUCAUCUCUGCUAUUAACAUUUUUUACCAAAAAAAUUUCAUCUCUGCUUAGUGAAAAAAAUGUUCAUGGAUUCCUCAUCUUCUUCAUCCUCACUACCCAUCACGAGAGAAGAGUUCAAUGCUUUCCACAGUUUUGACAGAGCGCUUUUCACUCGUAUUGUCGUAAGUCUAAAAGAAGACAUUACCCAGUCUUUUCAGGUCAUGUCCUUUCUAAUCUAUCUCGAUAGAAGUGUUUGCGGGAGCAAACUAAUCAGCAAUCUUGUUUCUUUACCUGACCAUUCCAUCAACGCCGUCGUUGACGAGGUCCAGAUAUGUCGACGUUGCUUGUCCUACACACAUUUCCCAACGUUCCUGGCCAGCAUGGGGAGCAUCAACGCCGCAUCCAUACCUUGGAUCAGGCGUAUGACCAGAGAGAAGUUGACUCUCGCAGUCAUCCACCUGAAUCGCAACGAAAUUAUUCUUGAAAUGACAGAUAUUUUAAACACUAUAUGCUACCCAGCUUUUGAGGAUAUAUGCGUGCUCUUUGAGACGCACAAGGAGAGGAAGUUUAUUCAGUUCUUGUGUGGUCAACAAGGAACAAGUAAUCGUGUAGCAGCAGGAACAAGCAACGUUGAGGGUCAGCACGUAAGGGCAGAUGAGAGGACUGUCUUCCUCAAAUUUUCUAAAGGAUACCCGAUCUCUGAAGCAGAAGUGCAUGACUACUUCACCAGGAGAUUUGGAGAUAUUGUAGAAGCAAUACACAUGGGUGGAGGGAAAAGGAAGGACCAAGCGAUGUAUGCAUGCAUGGUGUUACGUUCUGCCGCCAAGAUUCCAGAGAUUGUAAGCGAUGGGCUUGACAGGACCAAAUUCACCAUUAAUGGAAAAUAUUUCUGGGCUCGAAGAUUCAUUCCCAAUCGCAAAAUCCGUUAAAUAAUCUUCUUAUUUGAUCUUGAGGAGUUCCAAGGGCAUAUGCAUGUGCCCUCCUCUUUAAAUAAAUUUGGGACCUAUUUUAUUUUGGAUGGGGGACUUUUAUUUGGUUGGUGAUUGAUAUUUAUCUCAAAACUAUUUAGCAUGGA